AUGUCGUCUACUAGCACGACAAAACUCGUAGGCAGUUGCUAUCAGUCUGGGAGUACACCGAAUGCGAGCGCGUUGUCGAAACUGAUAUACCACGUACAUGCGAAUAAGAAGAAAAGGGAAUCUGUCGGCUCACAUCUACUACGUCAAACACGUCAAUCAAGUCGCGUUUUUCAUGAUCCCCGGAAAAGAUGUCAGAUACUUACCACACUCAAUAUCAUUAAUCAGAUAACUUUACAAUCACCUCCAAAAGCUCCGCUUCUCCCCAGUUACGUAAUACAAAUCGUCGAUACGGCCCUGUCGCCCCCAGUACCACCUGAUAUGGAGGUCAGGGUGCUAUCUAUCAAUGCUUUAAUUAGUCUAUUUGCCAAACACCCAGAAAUCGAAAUUGCAUCCGAAAUUUUACCUGCAUUUCAGUCAAUCUUAUUUAGAAUUAAUAGUAUGGCUUGCAAUAAUGAUUCUGAUGAAUAUACACGCAAUCGCACCCGUCAGAUAGCUCUAACAGGCUUAAAAUCGCUUUUCUCUACACGGAUAGUGGAGAAUCUGCCAGAGGAAGAUAGAAGAAAAGCUUUGACUGUUAUUAUAGUAUCAUUAUUAGACAAUUUGUUGACGGAUUCAAACAAAUUGGACGUUUUACAGCAUCAGGUUAUGCCAAACCUAGAUUAUUCACCAGUUGAUCAACUCAUUUAUGAUCCGGAGAAACAGGAAAAAGUUAACAUAGAUGAGGUCCAACUUGCUAUACUCUCUUUAUCGAUUUAUAGACAAAUUUUCAUAAACAUUACAAACAAGUCGCUCAUUGAAGAAAUAAUUACACCAGCCUUGGACAGCUUAGAUAAAAACAAACGGUGGCGGGAAGUUGAUUGGCUGAAUUGGAUGAUGGAGAACGUUCUUAUGUGGACACCAAUUCAGUUUAGAUACCUCAUACCACUCACCGUUUUGAAACUUCUCUUAGACUCGAAGGAGACCUUCCCUACAACGACCAAACAAUCAGGAUACCUACAUAUUCUCGCUCAUUUAUUCUCACGAGAGGAUCCCGUUUCUGGCAUUCAAGUCAUGGAUAUAGUUGAGAAACUCAUCGAAUUCGCCCAGUACAGAUUUAUUAUUGAUAACCAAGAUGCACUCGCUCCAAUGUCAAUCAAUACACUUUCGAAACUAGCCACACAUACGUACUACUCUGAUCAAAUUGCAGAUAUGUCCGCAAAGAUCAUAGAUCAGAUGACUACUGUGCAAUUCCACGAGAAAGGAAAUGUGAGAGAUGAUUUACUCAGGCUCCUGUUGUCCUCCCUCAGUGGAAUCCUAGCAGCAGCUUACGACGGACCAGCAACAGAUAUACCGUCAACACCUCAAGAGACGGAAACACCACCAUAUUCACCGAAAGGAAAGGAAAAAGCAGUAAUCAUACCUAAGUUGAAGGUGCCAGUGUCAAAUAAACGUACAAGAGUCAGUCCAUUGGAUUGGCAGCGAACUGUUAGCUUGCUCAUCGAACCAAAUUAUGGCGUUCGUGUGGCCUAUGUGAGGGCUUUGGCUGGUUUCAUAGAAGGUGAACUCAAUCUGGCUGAUACAAGUCAUGAGGUGAUGUUUGAGAAGUUCGUCAAUGCACUGAAUGCUUCCAUUUAUACACUCGCAAUAUGUCGUAAUCUCGCUGAUACAAAUAUUAUAGAAGAGGCUGAAGGUACUGCACAUAUUGAUAACUCGCUCAGUAGACUCAAGAAAGUCGCUCAAAUGACUCAUACCAAGCCUUCACUUCCGUCUAAUACUGCCACCCCUAGUGAUUUCAGUGCCUUAUUAUCAAUAAUCGUCGCUUUACAUAGGAGAGAUAUAUGCCAAGCGCUGUUGAUAUUAGUACCAUUCCUGCGUGCUCUUGACAAUCAUGCUAUACAGUUAAUGCUCGGACCGGGAUUGCAAUCGUCUGGAUCACGAAGGGGCAGUUUUGCAAGUUGGGCAGCUUCACCAUCAGCAAGAAGUGGCCUCAAUGUGGGGGUGGAUGAGCGUGCAAAAUGCAAAGCUAUUCGUGAGUUAGUUGCUAGAAGCUGGUACGAAAUUGGUGAUAGGUGGGGUAACGAACGGAUUAAACAGCUUGCAAGCGAUGGCUUAAAUAGAAUUGGUAUCACAUUACUAAGCCAACCUACUCAAAUUGACGUACGAGAGCAACCAAUGUUUGGUUUACAAACUCCUCAAGCUAUGCUCUUCCCAAGUGAGGAUGACUGGGAUCAAGUACAUGAUGGAGAGAGUAGCAAAACAGGUCGCCCUAUCGUUGACGAAUUAAAGGCUAUAGAUGUGAUAGUAAAUGACCCUAGUGUCAUUGCCGCUACGGGACUGACAAAAGCGGAAUUACUCGAACGUUUACAACUCGAAUGGACAUUUGAGAGAGCGGUCGAUGUAGCUAGCAAAGAGACAUACAAUAAAUUCGUAACAGAUGGUAUAGUCAAGCGCAGAAUGUCAGAAUCACAGAACAACCGAGACAGGAAACACAUUAGUGUGGUUGAACUCCGUGAAGCAUUAGAGAGCAGGACGUCACCCUGUAUUUCCCGUAAUAGUAAAGAAGUAGACGUAGAUUUUGUAUUAAAUAGAAUUUAA